CACCAACAGUUCAAAACGCCACAACUUGUACAAAAAUCGGUUGAUUCCUCCAUUUUCGGCGGUAACCAGUUUGCAGAACCAAUGCCAAAAUUGCAAUCAUCAUCGUUAGCCAAUUUCAAAUUUGAUGAUCCGCAAAAUACUUCCAGCGCAAGCAAUAUUGCUGGUAGCGUAUUCGAUGCUCCUGCAAAAGAUAAUGGCAACUCUUUAUUUAAAAUUCCUUUUGCCGCCGCUAAACCUGCCACCACUAUUGCUAGUGGAUUAGGUAAUUCCAUCUUUGGUGGUGAUGCAUUUAAACAACCGCAACUACCAUCUGCUGCUGGUGUUUUCUUAUUCGAAGAUGCUAAGCAUCGUGUUAAGAGCGAUAACAUUUUCGGCAAUGUCGCCAAAUCGACAGCAAUCAUUUUUCAGCAAACAAAGACCCCAAAUCCAGAACCCAUGCCUAAAGAUAGCGUGUUUCAGCAUUUCAACACGCAGCCGGUGCUGCCAAACUUUGUUGAACCCCAUUUAGAGGUCAAGGAAGAGUCGAAAACUAUUUUUGGCGCUGCCGCUUUCCCGCAGCUAUCUUCAGCACUGCCGCAAGCAGAGACGGCUAAGCGCAUAGCUGAAGCUGAACUGGGCCAGCAAAAAGAAUUUGAAAGACAACGCGAACUAGAAAAAGAACAGGAGGCAGCAAAGAGCGAAGAAGCGGAAAGGAAACAUCAGGAAGCAUUAAAACUUCUGCAACAACGUGCAGAACGUGUUAGUGCUGAUGAGCUGGAAAGCGUGCUUGCCACACAGGUGGCUGUUAUUGCUCAAAGCGAACUAAGCAAAUACCAAAAGCUUCAACGGGACUGCGAAGGUAUUACUGAGGCAUUGCUUGACCAAUCUAUAGCUAUGCAACUCGAAGAGUUGGCCAAUGAAGAAUAUGCCAUGAUGUGCCACGAUCAGCUUAUCCUCAAUCGCUACUUUGAACGCUGGUUACGCUAUACACGCAAGAAAAAGAAGCAACGCGCUCUAAUGGAGUCCACGCCCGUUUGGGUGACCAUGGACACACGCGCUGAACAAACUGCCAAAAUAAGGCAUCCCAACCAAUCAGAAACUUUGCAGAUGAUCAAGCGUUAUCGACAUGGCGAACCGUGUAAUUUCCAACUGCUACUUUGGAAACAUCCAGACACGCCGUCACCUCCGUUUCAGUGCAUCGACAUUUUCGCGGUGGUGCGCGCACAUAUUGCACGUAAAACGAUAGUAAAAUGUGGCCACAUGCAAAGCAUCAAGUACUUUAAGUUAGUGCUGACGCUGCCCAAUGAUCACGAUGAAUUGCCCGGCUUCGAAAGUCUGUGUAACAAGUGGCUGCGCAAGCAUGUGAAGCGUAUCAAUAACGGCAACACUUCGGAAGUGGAUGAUACGUACAAUAGGAGUCCAUACAUAUGCGCCAUGGAGCGUGAUGUGGCAUUGUGUGUGCGUAAGGUGAGCGGUAUUCCGCCACUAACAGAGAGGGGCAAUACAGUGUGUAACGAAUGCGACAACGCGGAUGCAAUUAUCUGCCUAAUGGGUUGUGACAGCAUACAAAACACGCGUAAGCGCAUGCAUCACCUAAUCAAAUUGAGCCGACUGAACAAAGCUGUGCCAGUAGCUUUCAUAGUCUACGACGGCCAAUAUACAGAUGAGCUGGAGCUGAGCGAUAUACUGGAAAUGGAGACAUUAGUGGACGAGGGCAAAAUAGCGGGUUACAAAUUUUCCGAAGCAUUAGAGAUACAAAAGCUACAAAGUUUCCUAGAAGCAUGUUUGGGUGAAGAAUUGUGGCAGCGCUGGCAACAAUCCUCCGACCAAAAUCCAUGCUUUGCUAAGAUUUGCGCCAUACCGCAACACUUGGCGGAGCUGUACAAUGAAGCGGUGAAGCGUGUCAUGCAAAUCACUGCAGAAGACUUUGCCGAUGCGGCAGAGCUUGCGGAGGAGCUGCGUGAAUUUGUGCCCAAAUUAGAGGUCGAUAUACCGCUUGGCUUUGAAUACUUCCCAAAGGACUGGAAAUCUGCGCAGCGCCGACAUCAGAUUUCAAUAUUUUUGCAGCGUUUGUUGUUAGCACCUAUUGAAGAAGAGCCACAAUUCCAUGAGGUCGACGACUGGGAAUUGUGGUUGCUGAACUAUGCUAGUCGUUGCAUACCAAAUGAUGAAGAGAUCGCCACUGCCGCUAGUUAUCAAUCAAUCAGAGCACUAAUUGAACAGCUGAAUCGUAGCGAUUUAGCCCAUCUAGAUGUGGUGGCACGCUUCCAAGUAAUAAACUAUUUGCCUGUUAUGAAAGCCAUAGCCUACGCACAGAUAAAUGCCGUGCUCAAGGACUACAUCGAAGAAGUCGAUACCAACGAUUACAAAUUGCCCAACGAAAUCAUUUAUCAUCGCCAAGCGCUUGAGGAUUAUCAGCUAGUGCCGUGGUGGUUAAAUAACGUGGCGGUUAAAGCGGUGAAAAUAGAUUACUCUGCUAUUGAAGAACAAGACACGAGUUUGCAGGAUAAGGAGCUAGAAGACGAAGAGGCAGCAAUGAACUGCAAGAUGUUGGACGAAAUUAUAAAACAAGCUGAAGAGGUUUCACGCAAAGCGGAGGAAAACUUUUACUCAUUGAAGAAGCAAACAAUUAGCGCGGAUACAGCGGAGCUGGCACGUGACUUGGAUGCUAGCAUCUAUCAAUUUGAAUUGUCAAAACAAAUAGGAUGCUAUGAUGCCUCCUUUGUGUCAAAGGCAAGUGAAAUUAAUACCGACUUAGAAGGGGCAGUUGGUGGCGCUAUUGCAAUGAAUAAUAGAAGCGGUGGCGGUGAUAGCUUUUCUAAAACGCCUACAAGUAGAAAACGUAAGCAUAUCGGAGGUGCUCAUGCGGAAGGUAAUGAAAUGGAAGCGGUUAUGGCACGCGCUUUUAAUGUUAUUGAGAAAGUGGAAGCGAAACAAGACCGUGCCGAACGUCUGUGCAAGAUGGCUAUGCUAGAGCUGGAAUGAUUGUUGUCAAGUGUAUGAUUCGAUUUGACAAUAUUUAUGUGGUAACUUAUUAAGGGCGGGGGGAUGAAUGCUAAAUUAUACUAAAUUAUAUUACAUAUGUAUGAACGUAGUUAUAUCAAGAAUUAGGCUUCAAAAUAA